GUCGUAAUUUCGAUAUCUAUUACUAGAUCGGACUGAUUAUUGUGAUUUAUAUAUUUCUAGGGUUUACAAUCCACUCCCGAUCUGUGUCAAUCAUCUGCCCCAAUCAUUCAAUUCGAUCACUCUCUCCUAUAUUAGGGUUUCGAUUUUCUUUGCAAUAUGCCUCAGAGACAUUCGAAGAACAACAAUGAUCUCGCCUUCUUCACAUACGAUGAGAAGCGAAAGCUCGGGUACGGAACUCAGAAGGAGAGGCUCGGCAGGGACUCGAUCAAGCCGUUCGACGCUUGUUGUCUCUGCUUGAAACCAUUCAUAGAUCCGAUGUGUUGCCAAAAAGGUCACGUCUUCUGUAAGGAGUGCAUUCUUGAGUGCUUGUUGUCUCAGAAGAAAGACAUUCAAAGGAAGCUGGUUGCCCAUGCUUCUCAGAAAAAGCAAGAAAAAGAAGAGGAAGAGGAGAAGUUAAUGGUGCAGAAAGCCAGAGAGCUUGAUGCAUUUGAUCAGCAAAACCAUGGUGCAGUACCACAAUACAACGAUAAGAGCUACAAUAGAGACAAGAAUGGCUUCCAUGGGGCGAACAGUGUGAAGGCUACUUCUUACGAAGAAGAAGCACUCAGAACCAUGAAAGCAUUUUGGCUGCCCUGUGCUACACCAGAAGCUUCUGUUAAAGUACAAGCUCCAUCUACAAAUACAACUUGUCCAGAAGGCAGUGAAAAGCUCAAGCUGAAAACCCUUUUUCCAAUCUACUUCACGGAAGACACCACAGAACAGAAAUCCAAAUCUCUUGAUAAGACCCUCAUCUGUCCUAGCUGCAAGGUCACUCUGACAAACACACUGUCGCUUGUGGCCUUGAGCUCGUGUGGGCACGUCUUCUGCAAGAAGUGUGCAGAUAAAUUCAUGGUUGUUGAUAAGGUUUGUUUGGUCUGCAACAAGGGAUGCAAAGAGAGGAAUUUGGUGGUUUUGUCCAAAGGAGGGACAGGCUUUGCUGGCCAUGGAGAUCAACUUGAAGCAAGAGACUUCAAGCAUCUGGGAAGUGGGAGUGGAUUGGGGCUGGUGAGGCCUGCAAUGAAGACUUGAGGUCACCGUGAGACAAUUGUAUACUAAUUUCCUAACAUUGAUUUUCCGUAAGUUGCACUUUCUAGAUGCUUAUCAGCAUGUUGUUUUUUUUUUUUUCCUUCCUGUAAGAUAAAUGUGAAAGCAUCCUUGUACUUGAAAGGGAAUUCUCGUUUUAAAUGGGUGAUCUAUUUCAUCCCUUUCUUUA